UGGUCGGUGCGCGCGCCCUCUCUCACGCGUGCGUCGCAGUGUUUUUUCAAAGAUGGCUCCUUCAAGCGAGAUGUUGCCCAUGCUGUCCAUGCCGUCCGCUACAACCACGCGAUGUUCGCCUGCGCAGCGCAAAGCACGUAAGCGAUUUAGAAUUGAUGAAGAUUUGUGUCUUUUACGAGAGAUAACUGGCGCCGACCCCUUUGAAAACCCUGCAGCGUGGGAAGAUGUACUACGCAACGUGGUGCGCGCUGUGCAGCGCGAGCUGACCAUUCGUGCAAUCAAGGAGCGUGUGGACCUGCUCGUCGGUUAUUUUAGACAAGACACAGUCAACCUGAGAAAAUCCGGCACCGAGGAGCAAUACGGAGAACGAGGACAUCUGCUCCAAGAAGUGUCAGAUUUGAUGCGGAACGCCGGGCAUGUGCCGAGGACCGUGCCGCGAAGAGCAAGCUGUAUGGGACCACGGCGACCUGUCACGUCGAUGCCGUCGUCAACAGCUCGGCAGCGCAUGGCGCACGAGCUUAGAGACUCGGCCACGGCUUCAAUGGCCGUACUUGACACAGCCGAGGAUGAGCAGCUAAAUGGCAAGUGA